AUGGGAAUACUCCUCAGAGGAGUCCAAGCCGUCGGGGUAUCAGCUUACUUCACCGCGACAUAUGCUUUUCUAGUGGAAGAAUGGCGAGGAUCGCGACUUUCCUUGGCCUUAGGCGUGUACGAGGCUUUCACUGGUCUGGGGAUGAUUCUUGGGCCGAUCACAGGAUCAAUUCUUUACAGCAUUGGGGGCUACCGGCUACCGUUUUUAGUCGUCAGCGGAAUGCUCUUUCUUGCUGCGAGCAUUAAUCUCGUCGCCCUUGAUUCCACUGAUGCAUUCGGGAGCGACGAUUACCGUCAACUCUCGGAAAAUGAUGACGACGAGGAUCAGCAGCUACUUGACUCUGAACGCCCUGCUGAUUCAACGAGCUAUGGAAUCAAGAUCCUGCUCUCGAGUGGGCUCUUUCUCAUCCCGAACAUACUAAUGAUCCCAGUCUGGUCCUGCAUGGACUUUGCGAUUCCAUUCAGGCUCAACAUGUGUUUUCGAGGAAAAGAGUAUGAAGGAACAACAAAGAUCCAAAUCGGCCUUCUCUUCGUCAUUUUUGCCGUUGCAUACAUGUUCACCUCCCCUCUUUGGGGCUACCUUUGCGGUCGAUUCUCCGUCUCAAGAUCAUUGAUGUUCUGGGGCUCGUUUUUCGCGGCGAUGAGCUACCUAUUUCUUGGUCCAAGUCCAUGGCUCCAACAUUUCGGCAUGCACUUCGGAUGCUCUUUUAAAAACGUAGCUAUUGCCAUGGCGAUUCUAGGGCUGAGCCUGUCCGCGGCCAUCAUCCCCAGUUGCAACGAAAUGGUAGAAGUUGCGAGAAAAGAAGGAGUGGAAGAACAAACAUCGAAUUUCAUCGCUGGACUGAGCAACUCGCUAAUCUUCUUUGGAGAAUUUGUUGGGCCAACAUUCGGAGGAUUCAUGCUCGAUUUUGCAGAGGGAGACUUUUCCGUGGGUUGCUCUUAUUUUUCCGUCGUGUGCCUUGUUAUCGUCUCGUUCUGUGGAAUAUGGUGGAUUGCGCUUCUUACAAAGAGGAAAUGCAGACAGAUGGACGAGACUGUUCAAGAAAGGAGGCUGAGGAGAACGAUCGAAGAGAGGAGCAAUAGAAGAAGGAGAAGAAGACUUCAUUCCUUAUCAAAUUCUAUUUCUACUGGUCCUAUGUCACUCACAGAGUCACUCGGAAGCUCUAUGAGAAUGCAGUAUCAUGACUUGAUGGAUUCAACAGAAAUAGAAGACGAAGAAUAA